AUGUCCAAGCUCGAUCGUCUCGCAAAAUUUUUGUUUGGUUUCUGCCCGCCACGGUUCUUGGUUGCUGGAAGAAAUCGCUUCUGCCAAACGUUGAUGCUCGGUGAAUGCCAAAAAAAAAAGAACAACAACAACGGCGAGAUGGACCACGAAUGUUGGUCGAAUGACAGAGCCAUGCAGGUCGAGCUGCACAACAUGCAUCGCAAGUGCGUUUGCUCGACCACGGAUGUGUGUGCACAGCGUUGCCGGUUGCCGCCCACGAGCCCCAGAGCGGGGUUCCGACGACGAUGCGCAACAGACAAGACUCCAACCAGAACAUGCUGCUUCAAGCUGGUGCUUGCGGGUUCAGUCGUCAGUUGGGUCAUUUCUUUGUAUGGGUGA